UUUUAUUAUUACAUUGUGACUUAUUACAACGUUGUACUAAGACUUCUUAAAAAUGAUCGCGCUCAGUUAUAUUUUUUUGGCCGCAUAUUUCAUACUAUCUGUCAAAUUUGUGACAAUUGAAUCAACAAGCAAAGUUUCGCCGACAUAUUACGUUAGCCGGACAUUCUCUUCUUUCUUCGUCAAAACAGUGAAUAAUCUAAAAACCUACAAUGAGCGAGAAAUAAUAUUUAAUGAAAAAGAAAUUACAAUUCUGACAAAUAGUGUUCAAAAUUAUAACGAUACCAAAGGCCGUGAUAAGGUGUUUAAUAAACUCGACAAGAAAAUCGAAGACAUUAAAUGUACAUGCUCUUCAAUCGUGAAAACGAAACUAGUGUACUUGACCAAUAUUCUGGAAGGGUUGCGAAGUGGCGGAGCUAUAGAAGUUGCAAAGGAUAAAUUAACCGAAUUAAAAAAAGAAGCGUGUCUUAUGGUCCUGUUUUUUCAAGAAGGCAAAACCAAUGCGGCUAAAUGGUUUUGGAGUUAUUUUUUAAAAAUCUUGGCGAUCAUUGAAUACGAGAGCAACAAAUAUUUCUUUGGAGAUACCCUAUUCGAAGGAGAAGAAUUACAAAGUGGUAUUACACAUUUCAUACAACGUUGCAAGGAAAAUAAUUACCUACCCAAAAAUAGAACUGAGACUGAUGUGGUGUCAAAAACAUCCAAUGUACCAACUAACAUCUUUAACAAACUGCGUAUGUCUAUAAUUGUUGCUAUAGAUUAUUACAUGAUAGAAGACAAACCGGUCGAAUAUUUUUAUCUAAAGUCGUUAUGGAAUGUACAAGUAUUAUUGUUCAGCCAAAUAACCGGAGCAACCAUAGAAUGGAGGCCAACAAUAAGACAAUACGCUGUCGAAGUGAACAAAACCAAGGAAUACGUUGAAACCCGACAAUGGAUAUCGAAACCGUUCGGACAUCUUAGUUUCCACAACCUGGUAAAACAAAUUAUUAGUGUGAGGACAUACAUCUUCCUGUGGGUAACGUUUGUAAUAUUCAAUAGAGAAAUGCCUCAAAUGGACGUGGACAGUUUAAACACUAUUUAUAAUAUGACAACAGACACAAUUGUUAUGGUACAUGGCUAUAUGCCACACUCUGACACUUUUUUUUCUGAUGUAGUAGGUGCGUUUCAUUGUGUAAUGCACGAAGAUCUAAUAAAUUUCGAUAGCAUAAUAUCUAGAAUAUCGGUAAGAGUCAAGGAAAUUUUAGUUGAGUUAAACGGGCGUAAUUCAAAUGAAAACGAUUGGAUCAGUGUUGACAUAAACGAAGAGCUUAGCACCGAUAUGAUAAAGACAUUUCUCCAAGAAUUUAGCGAUAAAUUUCGUCAGUUGAAAACUAAGGUAACGCCUUUAAAUUAUGAUCUUGCAUUAAGUCUUCUGGGUGAAGAAAGUUGAUGUUGUCGAGGAUAAUCACCAAAUCUAGAUUAAUAUCUAGUAUUACACUUGUAAUGUUUAUUUUCUGUUCUCAUCUCAUUUCGUAUCAAUUAUAGGGUUGCUAAAUCAUAUUUGACUUCAUUUUUUUAAACCUCGAAAUAUUCUAAUGGUCUUAUCUAUAUGCAACGUACCCUGUCUGUAUGCACUGAAAGGUCU